UUAAAAAAUAUUUGUCGCGCCAAUCCCGCUGCCUUAGAGCCUCAGAUUUAAUAGAAAAAUUGUCGAAAAUGUUGAAGGUGAUGCCAACUUGAUGAGCCAUUGUGAACCGGGCUUGAGGAUGGAGCUUGGUAGAUUCUAAGCCCAAUCUUCAUAAUCAAGAACAAGAAGAUCUCUUGUUUACGCUGCAAGAACUUUUUCCAGCAAAAAGAGCCGAACACACCACACCCAAUUGACUUCUUAGCUCUGCUCCGCGACCAAAGAAAUAUCACAAAUCCACGAUGAAGUGCCAGAGAUUUUUAUCGAUUCCAGUCUUUUCUGUGUUUCUGUUAAUGGGUAUUAUUUAUUACGUUACACUCUUCAUUUUCAUCGAGGAUUGGAUUGGGUUGCAGAGUUCAGCUGGAACUUUGAAUGCUUUGAUCUUCACUUGGAUGGCUUCUUUAUGUCUCUUCUCUUUUUCUGUUUGUGUUCUCACUGAUCCUGGUCAAGUUCCUUCCUCUUAUGUCCCUGAUGUUGAAGGGAAUGACGUCCCAGAUCAAGAAUCCCAAAAUAAUAGUUCACAAUUGAGGCAAUGUGACAAGUGUUGCACAUACAAGCCUCCCAGAGCUCAUCAUUGCCGGAUCUGCAGAAGGUGUGUUUUGAGGAUGGAUCAUCAUUGUCUGUGGAUAAAUAAUUGUGUUGGUUAUUGGAACUAUAAGGCCUUUUUCAUACUAGUUCUCUAUGCAACAGUAACAAGCAUCUAUUCUUUGGUCAUUAUAAUCAGCUGCGUGUUUCAAAAGAACUGGGAUUUUGGUGGAAGAAUUCCCCUAAAGAUUUUUUAUGUUUUCUCUGGAGUAUUGAUGGUAGCCUUGAGCGGAACACUUGGAACUCUCUUGGGUUGGCAUAUUUACCUGAUCACUCAUAAUAUGACAACUAUAGAGUAUUAUGAAGGAAUUCGUGCUGCAUGGUUGGCUAGGAAAUCUGGGCAGAGUUAUCGACAUCCAUUUGACCUUAGUGUUUACAAAAAUAUCACCAUGGUAUUGGGUCCAAGCAUGCUGAAAUGGUUAUGUCCCACAGCAGUAAGCCACCUAAAAGAUGGAAUGCACUAUCCUACUUCACAUGAUAGUUGAUACACAUUUUCUAUUUCUGCUGAGCUCUCAGAAAAUGGGGACAUAUGCAACUUAUUCAGUGCACAAGGAAUUCACGAUUUGUUUGUUCUGUUGUUCUAAAUUUUCAAGCUAAAAAGUUUAGAAGAGAUACCGACUGGAAGUAACUAUAGUGCCUUCUUAACAGGUUUGGGCUGGGCAGGUAUUCAUCCCACAUAAAAUCAAUUGUAAGUAUUUCAAGCACACUGUAAUUUUAGGAUAUAUUUAGUCAUAGAUAUACCACAUUUUUUUUUAUACAUUGCUGUGUACCUUGGUGGAUGUAAAUUUGUAUGCUAAAGCUUUUCUUGUAAAAUGCAUACUAUAAACAAGUUUUGGUUUUCAUUA